GCACUGUAAGACAACGGUUGCGGCACAGUAUCACACACACUCACGAGUUUUUCAGUGGUUAGUAGCAAAUCUGGCCACCAGAUAAACUUGUUUCACAGGCCAACAUGUCAGUUUUGUGUUAUAAUAAGGGAUGCGGACAGCGGUUUGAUCCAGAGAGUAACCCAGACGAUGGCUGCACCUAUCAUCCAGGAGUCCCAGUAUUCCACGAUGCAUUGAAGGGAUGGUCUUGCUGCAAGAGAAGAACUACUGACUUCUCAGACUUCCUCAGUAUUGUUGGCUGUACAAAAGGUCCCCACAACAAGGAGAAGCCCCCUGAGCCGGUGAAGCCGGAUGUGACAUCGUCAGGAGAAAAGAAAGACACAGAUGACCAAAAACCAAAGUUUAACGAGUACAUCAUCUCUGCACCAAAGCCUCAGGAGGCGAUACGCAGACCGAGUGCUGAUGAGCCGAUGGCGAGAAUGCAGCACAAAGUCUCUGGUUCACUGAAGCAGGCCCUGGAGAAACUGAGGCUUUCUGAGAGCGCCGCAGAGACGAAAGAGGAAGAUAGUGACGAGAUCAAGAUUGGAACGUCCUGUAAAAACGGAGGAUGUACUAAAAGUUUUGAUGGACCUGCAAGCGAUUCGGAUGUGUGCUUAUAUCAUUCUGGAUUUCCUAUCUUCCAUGAAGGGAUGAAAUACUGGAGCUGCUGUAAAAGGAAAACCUCAGACUUUAACACCUUCCUCUCUCAAGAGGGCUGCACCAAGGGAACACAUCUAUGGAGGAAAAAAGAUGCGGGUAAGAAGGUGGUUCCAUGUCGGUUUGACUGGCAUCAGACGGGGGCGCAGGUCAUCAUCUCUAUCUACGCCAAGAAUGCCGUACCAGAGCUCAGCUACGUGGAUGCAAACAGCACCACGCUCAACAUCCAUGUUAUAUUUGAGGGAGAGAAGGAAUUUGUGCAGAAAAUCAGCUUGUGGGGAGUGAUAGAUGUGAGUAAAAGUAUAGUGAACAUGAUGGCCGCCAAGAUCGAGGUAGCCAUGAAGAAGUCCGAGGCCAUGUCAUGGGCUCGCCUGGACCUUCCUCCCCCUGUCAUCCCACCCAAGGAGAGCGAGAAGAAAAAAGAGGAGGCUGACAGCGAGGAUGAAGACGAAUGAUGAGGAAUUACAAUGAAAACAGUUAGCUGAAUCCAAGCCACACAGUCCAUUCCUUACCUCUUUUUAAGAGUCACCUCUUGCUGUCAUGGAACUUUGGCCAACAUUAUAGUGUCUCCCCUUCCAUUCUUAUUAGUCAACGGACUUGAUUUUGCCUGUUUUUCUGGAGUUAUGGUCCUUUUAUUGAUCAUAAUGUAGGUUGGAAUGCGAAACAAUCUUCAGGUAUUUUAACGACAGUUUUUCACUCGAGUGCUGAAGGAUAAUGGGGGGAAACACUGACUUUUCAUAGACUUUCAGUCGAGUCAAACAAUGACACACUUGUUAAUUGCACUGAAAUCCCCUGGAAAAUAACACCACUCAGUAAGAUAAGACACGUGUGACCAUGCCUAAUCUCUGACCCAUAAAGCCUUUCAUGUGGACUGCUCACAUGAAGUCAUCACAAUGAAUGAGAGUUAUGACAAUGUUUGGAAAUCCUUUUGCUUCAUAAACUGUAUAAAUUAUUGCAUUGUUUUGUCAUGUCAGUCAAAACGCUGUCCUCCCAUAUCUGUGUGCAGUUUGAGGAUGAAAUUGGGAUGUAUUAAAUGUCCACACUUGAAUGACAUGGAGUUUAUUCCGAAUAAACUUCUGUUCUAAGAAAUGCAAUAGUUCCUCGGGACUCUUAGAAAUUAAAUGUUUGACAGCCGACUAUCCCAACUUUUCCACAGUUAAAAUUGUAGAUUUACUCCAAAUUAUUUUUUGACAUGAUUAUACCUAAUGUAUAUUUUGUACAAGUUUUGCUUCCAUAUAUUCAAUGCUGUAUUUAUCUCAUUUCCUGUCAAAAUGACACGGCGCAGUUUUAAUAAUGACGAUGUACUGUAAUAUCUGAGAAUGCCAAUUGAAUAUGAAGUACUUUGAGCAAAGUGUGCAUUAUAAAAAUGCAACGCUAGACAGCAUGUCACAAGGCUUAGAAUGUAUGAGUGAAGUCUGGCUGAAUGAGAACGUGAUGUUAGGGCAAAACUAUUAGAGAUCCAAUUUAUCUUACCAAAAAUAAACGUUUGUGUUGAACUUUUAAAGCUGA